AUGGGCGGCCGUGAAGUCAUCGUCGCCGGGGAGACGGGCAGCCGUGAAGUCGUCGUCGCUGCCGCCAAGUCAGGCGGCCGUGGAGGAGUCGUCGCCGCCGAGACAGCGGCCGUGGAAGACUCGUCGCCGCUGAAACGGGCAGCUGUGGAUCGUCGACAAGGCGUGAACGUGGUCAUUGGGUGGCUGAGGAACAGUUGCCGCUGCGUGAAUGUGGUCAUCGGGCGACCGAGGAUUGGUCGCUUCUACAGCGUGGUCAUCAGUGAUGAGGUCACUCACGUGGUAUCUGAGGACAGCGAGGCAUCAUCCCUGUGGGAGUGGCUCAAGGGGUCUGGCCUGAAGAAUCUUUCCAAGAUUAAAGUGCUGCACAUCAGGUGGUUCACCGACAGCAUGAGAAUGGGAAAGCCUGCUGCUGUGGAGAACGGACACCUCAUUCAGGAUUCACUGCCUGCAUCACAAGAGGCCUCGGUACUCACACCUGUGGCAACGAUUUCUCAAUAUGCCUGUCAGAGACGGACGAGCACAAACAACAAAAACCAGUUAUUGACAGAUGCUUUUGAAGUACUGGCAGAGAACUACGAAUUCAGUGAGAUCAAGAGUUCAUGCCUUGCCUUCAGGAGAGCUGCCUCUGUCUUGAAGAGUCUACCGUGGACUGUGCAGUGUAUCGAGGCUACUCAGAACCUGCCGUGGCUGGGGGAGCAUACCAAAGCAGUCAUGGAGGAGAUCCUCCAAUGUGGCCAUUCAUUUGAAGUCGAGAGAACACUUUCGAGUGAGAAGUAUCAGACCUUAAAGCUGUUCACAAGUGUGUUUGGCGUUGGACCGAAGACGGCAGAGAAAUGGUACCGCAGGGGGCUGCGCUCAUUUUGUGACAUUCUGGCUGAGCCCAGCAUUCAGCUCAACCGGAUGCAGCAAAGUGGUUUUCUGCAUUAUGGAGACAUCUCAAGGGUUGUCACUAAAGCAGAGGCUCAAGCCCUGGGGAACAUUAUUGACGAAGCUGUCCAUUUGAUCACAUCGGAUGCUGUCAUAGCACUGACAGGUGGCUUCCGCAGGGGGAAGGAGGUCGGCCAUGAUGUGGACUUUAUUGUCACAACACAUGAGGUGGGAAAGGAGGAAUCUGUUCUACGCAACAUCAUUGAUACCUUCAAAAAACAAGGGAUUCUUCUCUACUGUGAUUACCAGACUUCUACUUUUCACACGUCAAAGAUGCCUUGCCAUAGGUUUGAGGCAAUGGACUAUUUUGCAAAAUGUUUCCUGAUCCUGCGAUUGGAGGCCAGCCAGGUGGACGGAGGUCUCAGCUGUGCUGAGGGGGACAAAAGAGGCUGGAGAGCAGUGCGUGUGGACUUGGUAUCGCCACCGAUGGAUCGUUAUGCAUUUGCUCUCUUGGGAUGGACUGGGUCCACGCAGUUUGACAGAGAUCUGAGGAGGUUUGCUCGGUCAGAGAGAAGGAUGAUUUUGGACAAUCAUACGCUUUAUGACAAAACCAAGGGAGAGUUCCUGACAGCGAGGAGCGAAGAGGACAUAUUUGCUCAUCUGGGUCUCGAGUACAUUGAGCCUUGUCUGAGAAAUGCAUAGGCAUCCACUCCUCCUUGGAUCGGUGACACUCGACUCCGCUGUUUGUCCCAUCUGCUUCCAAGUCUAACUCUCUGAUUCACUUUUAAUUUUCAUAGUUGUGAAUUGAUGAACUCAUUUGUUGUUUUUGGGAUUAAAUGUCCUUGCAUGAUACAUAAUGUUGCUCAAUCGCUAUUACGAAGUGAAUAAAAUCUUCCCAUUCAUUUAC